UCCACUGAUCUCGGGGAACCACGUUUGUGCCAUAUGUUCCCACCGGAAGCCUCGACUCCCCUAGCCCAUCGUUCCCCUCCUCUCGCCUGCCUCCUCUCGCCGGCCAGCGGGCGGCCAUGGAAACCAUCCACCGCCUCCUCCCCAUCUCCGCCGCCGAUACCCUAAUAUUCCGUUGUCCCAGGACCCCUCGCUUCCCCCCACUCCCGCCCAAGAAUCCCUCCGUGUUUCCGGCCGGAUCCCCUGCUCUGGAGUUCAGACGCCGCUUCUCCAAUGGCUUCAGAGUGUCCGCUGGAUGGUUCUCGGUCUUCGGCACCAGGCAGAGGGCUGUUCUUCCGGAGAUUGUGAAGGCCGGCGACCCCGUCCUCCACGAGCCCGCCGGCGAGGUCCCCGUCGAGGACAUUGGGUCGGAAAGGAUCCAGAGGAUCAUCGAAGACAUGAUUUCCGUCAUGAGAAAGGCUCCCGGCGUCGGCCUUGCGGCUCCACAGAUCGGUGUCCCCUUGAAGAUUAUCAUUCUGGAGGACACAAAGGAAUACAUUAGUUAUGCUCCUAAGAAUGAACUUGAAGCACAAGACCGCCACCCUUUUGAUCUUCUGGUCAUAGUGAAUCCAAAGAUGAAGAAGAGGAGCAACAAAACUGCACUUUUCUUUGAAGGAUGCUUGAGUGUUGAUGGAUUUAGAGCAGUGGUUGAGCGCUACCUUGAGGUUGAAGUAACAGGUUUGGGCCGUGACGGGCGCCCCAUCAGGGUAGAUGCUACUGGCUGGCAAGCACGCAUAUUACAACAUGAAUGUGAUCACCUGGAUGGCAUGCUUUAUGUCGACAAGAUGGUGCCAAGAACAUUCAGGGCUGUUGAGAAUUUAGAUUUGCCGCUACCCGUAGGAUGCCCACAGCUUGGUGUACGCUAGUUGAAAUCUUUAUACGGCAAGAAAGUUAAUUUUGACCAACAAGAGCUGUCAGUGCUCUCGGGCACGUUCUGCGGACAUUAUUUCUAAUAGUUGAUGUUCUGCUAAGAAAAUGUAUGUGGUGAAAACGCACCAGAGGGCUUAUGGAGUGGGUUAUAAGUUUUAUUUUUUUCCAAUUUUAUUUUGGGAGAUUUCUUUGUCACCUGUUCAUGACAUGCCAAUGCAGGCAGUUUUGCCGAUCGAGCUUAUUCUCUGUUCAUCAGCAUGCAAUUAAAUGAAAUCGACCACACGAAGCUAUCUGCUUCCAAAUGCUUUCUGUGGAUCCUUUGUUUUGUA